GAGGCCGGGACGCACGUGCCGGGACGCGCGCGGAGUCGCUUCCGGGGUCCAGGAGGCUGGUAUCUUUCGAGCCGGGCAGUUGGAGGCUGGCCCGGGCCUGCGCUCGCCGGGCAGAGCCCGGCUCCGGGCCCGAGGGACCCCGGCCGGGGCGGGAUGGCCAAGGCGCUGACUCCCGGGUGCGCCCCAGGCGACCCCCUGGCUGGGCCGGGGCCUGGCAAGAAGCCAGCUCGGAAGAAAAGCAGGAAGAGGAGAUUCUGGAAGAGCAGAGGGCGACAUGCAAGCAAGACAGCGGGCAGCGUCGCCGUGGUGCGACCUCCGAAGGCGCCGGAGGACUUCUCCCAGAACUGGAGGGCUCUGCGGCAGCUCCUGAAACAAACGACACAGGCCCCGAAAGAGCCUCUUGUUAUCUCUCAGACGGAUUCCAAAAAGCAGCCCAGAAUUCUCCACCGGAACAGAAAAGCCAUCCCAGAUAAAGCAGAGAGGAGUGAGAUGCGACCAGAAACGGUGGCUGCGGGGGGCUCUGGUCCCUCCGGAUCGCCUCCUCCCACAGAGGGCAGCGGGGCGGAGCCCGAUGGGCAGCGAGCCAAGAAAAGGGCGAAUGUUGACAUUUCUCCAAGAGGAGGAGGCAUCAAGCGCAAGAAGCCAAAAGCGGAGGGGGUGACUGCGGCCUUGGCUCCGGCCCCGCCCACCGAGGAGGACUUCUGGUUUGAUGGUGUCGACCCAGCGGACAUGGAGGCCGCCCUGGGCCCGGAGGCGGCCCGCGUGGCCCGGAGGCAGCUGCGACAGAGCGGGAGCCGCAUGGCGCUGGUGAAGGAGCGGGCCUUCGGCGGGCUGACGAGAGCCCUAGCCAUGGACUGUGAGAUGGUGGGCGUGGGCCCCGAGGGGGAAGAGAGCGUCGCCGCCCGCGUGUCCAUCGUGAACCAGUACGGGAAGUGCGUUUAUGACAAGUGCAUCAAGCCCAGCCAGCGGGUGACGGACUACAGGACGGCGGUCAGCGGGAUACGGCCGGAGGACCUCAGGCAGGGUGCGGUGGCUCCUGGCCUCCCCGUGGCGGCAGGUGCGGGGACCCAGGGCGUCUGCCAGAAGAGCAGGCCAAGUUCACAUCAGUACCUGCUUCCCCGUGUGUUACACGUUAGGCUUCCUUGUGAGAGGCUGUCGGAGAAAGGGGGCGCGUCUGCGCACCGACAGCGCCCUGACCAUCACCGUGUUCUCUUUGUCCAGGUGCUGUUUCUUGAUCACCCAAAAAAGAAGAUUCGGGACACGCAGAAAUACAAACCUUUCAAGAGUCAAGUGAAGAGCGGAAGGCCAUCUCUGAAGCUGCUUGCAGAGAGAAUCCUGGGGCUCCGGGUGCAGCAGGCAGAGCACUGCUCGGUUCAGGACGCCCAGGUGGCCAUGAGACUGUACGUCCUGGUGAAGAAGCAGUGGGAGAGUUCGGCCCAGGACAGGCGCCCCCCGGCCCCGGCCCGCGGCAGCACCUCCCGUCCGCAGGCGGUGACGGCCGCGCGCUAGACCCUGCGGGUCUCCCCGUGGCAGCAGCUCUGCUGAAGCGUGUUCGAGUCCUGACGGCAGGGCGUGGCGGCGGCCGAGAACUGCUUCCUCCCUCUGCGAUCCGGGACCUGACGCCCCCGCGGGGGUCUGUCCUGGGGACUGGUGGCAAGUCGGGGCUGCCUGCCGCGUGCUGUCCCCACGGUGUGCUGGAUUCGCUGGUUCCAGGGGCUGGAGGCACCCAGUGUCCACUGGGUUUGUGGUGGCUUCCUGGGAGGAGGCCAGACCCCUGCUGUGCCUCGGGUCACAGGUCACGGACCCAGCCCCACUUCUGGGCUCGGCGCGGCCGCCCUUGGACUUGGGCAGAUUUUCUGAGGGUGCCGUUCCUCC